UUCUAUAGGCAUUAAACCGCGGUCACACCAUUCGGUUCAACGACAAAGUAGGAAAUAUUUUCCACUCCUGAUAUCAAAUAUUUUUGCACUUUUAUAAGCGUCGUCAAGCAAUUUUGUGUCCGCGUCUUCGCCGUUUUAACAACCAAUAAAACCAUCGACCUUGCCCAGUGCGUGUGCCUUCGUCACCAGUGGAAAAACAUUACGUAGGGGCGCAGGACGGAAGAAAGCAGGAAAAGAAAAGAUCUAAAAAUAUUUUUAAUCGUUGUGAAAGUAACCAGCGGAUUUUAGUCGCAAAUUAUUAUUUUAUUUGCGGUGCAAGGACACAGUUAUCUGCGAAAAUGGUCUUGAAAGUCUACGUCAGCGGCAUGUCCGGCAAUAAGGAGGUGAAGAAGCGCCAGCAGCGCGUUCUGAUGAUCCUGGACAGCAAGAACAUCAAGUACGACACGGUGGACAUCACGGAGCCCGGCAAGGAAUCCGAGAAGGAGCUGAUGCAGAACAAAUCGACGAGCAACGGCGGCACGGUCAGCGAUCCAGAGCCCCGUCAUCCGCUUCCUCCGCAGCUCUUCAACGACGAAGAGUACUGCGGCGACUACGACGCCUUCGACAUGGCCAACGAGAUCGACACCCUGGAGGUGUUCCUCAAACUGGCACCCGCCGACACCACGGCGGUUAGCACCGCCCAAAUCGAACUGAAGCAGGAGAACGGCGAUGCCAAGAAGGAGGAGGCAGAAGCGGAGGCGGCUACAGAUGCGGAGGAGAAGAAACCGGAGGCCGGCGAUGGCGGUGUCAAGGAGGAGGAGGAGGCUGCGGAGAAGGCCGAGAACGAAGACGCUGACGGCGAGGACAAGGAGAAUUCAAAGGGCGAGGCUGAAGACGCCGAAGAUAGUGCCGAGCAAAAGACUGAAACCGAAGAAUCUGGGGAUAAGAAAAAGGAGGAGGAGGAAACUGCAGAAGCUGAAGGUGAGAAGCAGGAGGAAUCCGAGAAAGUGGAUACCAAGGAAGAAUCAGAGGUUGAGGGUACCAAAGAUGAUGAGGUGGUAAAUGGUGAUGAGGAUGUUGCAGAUGAUGAUAAACAGUCCGAGAAUGAUAAAGAUGAUAAGGAUGCGGAAUCCGAGGAUGCUAAAGAUGAUAAGGAUGCGAAGUCCGAGGAUGUUAAAGAUAAAUUAGCGGAGAAUGAGAGCACAGAAACAUCGGAGGAUGUGGACACCACCGAAAAGUCAGAGGUGGAGGCCACCAAUGAAGAAAAGUCCGAGGAUGUUGAUGCCGCUGAAAAAUCAGAGGCAGAAAGCACCAAGGAUGACGACGAUGAAAAAGCUGAGGAAACUGAGAGCAGCAAAGUCAACGAGGAUGAUAAAGUCGAGGAUGUUCAAGGAAAAUCUGAGGAAACUGUAACAGAAAAGCCCGAGGAGGCGGAUAGUGCUCCAAAGUCAGAGGUUGAUAGUACCGAAGAUGAGAAGGCUGAAAAAUCGGUGGAAGUUGAAGAUAAAGUGGAGGAAACUGACAACACCAAAGAGUCCGAGGAAGUUGAAAGUACUGGAGUAACUGAGGUUGCAACUACCAAAGACGAAGAGGAAGCAAAAGCAGAGGAAAAUCAGACCCAAGAAAAGCCCGAGGAAGUAAGUGCGGCAGAAAAGUCUGCAGAUGAAACCGAAGAGAAGGAGGCUUCAGCAGAAGAGAAGGCAGAAGACACGCCCGAAAAUGAAGAAAGCAAACCGGCUGAGGAGAGUUCCUCUUCCGAAGAAAGCGAAGAAGACGAAUAAGCAAAAGCUACCAAAAUCGAAUAAACGACAACAGAAACCCACUGACAUCCGCAUCACCAAUACCAAUGCACAAGCUCACACACACACGCACUCGCACAUAAAAACGCACAUUUAGCCAAAUAAUUAAAA